AUGGAGGCCGCGCCGCUCUCCUCGCUGCAGGAGGAAGGGGAACCCGACGAAUCGUCCUCCUCCUCCGCCUUCUCCGCCGCCGCCGUGCCGCCUCGCCCCGCCACGCACAGCCACUCGCUCCACAAGUACGCGCCGACGGACUGGUCGGCCUACUUCGACGAGGAGCGCCCCGUCGCCAUCCCCGACACCGAGGACGUUUUCAAUGUGUACAUGGCCGGAUCGGAAGGGCCCGUCGUGUUCUGUCUGCACGGAGGCGGCUACUCUGGGCUUUCAUUUGCGCUAGCAGCUAAUCAGAUAAAGGGAAAGGCUCGUGUUGUUGCCAUGGAUUUACGGGGACAUGGGAAAUCUUCCACAAGUGAUGAUUUGGAUCUGUCCAUUGAAAGUCUUACCAAUGAUGUAAUAGCUGUUAUACGUACAUUGUAUGGAGAUCCGCCACCAGCAAUUAUACUUGUUGGUCAUAGCAUGGGUGGUUCAGUGGCUGUACAUGUGGCUGCAAGAAGAGCAAUUCGUAAUCUUCAUGGUCUUGUUGUUGUUGAUGUGGUUGAGGGAACAGCAAUGGCUUCAUUGAUUCAUAUGCAGAAAAUCUUAUUAAAUCGAGCACAGCACUUCCCGAGCAUUGAAAAAGCAAUUGAAUGGAGUGUGAAAGGUGGGCCGCUACGGAACAUCGAUUCUGCGCGUAUUUCUAUUCCAUCUACCUUGAAGUAUGAUGAAUCAAAGGAAUGCUAUACAUACCGUACUCCUCUUGAGAAAACAGAGAAGUACUGGAAAGGAUGGUACGAAGGUCUUUCGGACAAGUUCUUAUCUUGUCCUGUACAAAAGAUACUAUUAUUAGCUGGCACUGAUAGAUUGGACAGAGCUUUAACAAUUGGUCAAAUGCAAGGGAAGUUUCAAAUGAUAGUAGUUCGACACACUGGACAUGCCAUACAGGAAGAUGUACCUGAAGAAUUUGCAUCACGCAUACUGAACUUCAUAUCUCGCAACAAAAUAGGGCCCAAUGGUGUUGAGAUACCUGGCCUCAUAAAAAAAUGGCAGCAUUAA